AAAUAUGAAUUUCGCCAAUAAUCAAUAUGAAGAUGAAAAUUUAUCAGAUGAACUUCUCAGUGAAGGUGUGGCUUCUUGCAAGGUCAGAGACUCGAAUAGGAUCUUACAAAACAUGGUAAAGAAGUCUCUGAAUAGUAAGAAUACAGCCGUAGAGCAACUCUUUAGCUUUCGGCCUCGAGAAGUAUCUCGACAACUAUCUAAAACUAAUGUUAAGAAAAUUGGGAAAAAGUCUUAUAAAUCAAAAGAUACUAUAUCAUGUAAUCAAAUAGAAGAUCUCUCGAAAAAUCCAAAAGAGGUUAUCAACCAGCCUGGUAAAGAUGAAUUGAAGACUAGGAGUACCUUGAAGUCUGACAUCAGUAGCCUUCUAAGGAGAGUAGCUCAACUUAAAAUGAAAAACCAAUACUUAUCACCUAGUCCUAAUCUCUGUGCACCCAGGCGUCCUAAAGAUUCAGAUGACUCAUUUUUUGUCACAAUGAAAGACAUAGGAGCCUUUCAAGCAAGAAGAACUUAAUAAUUUAUUCAUAACUCUUUCAUAAA